AUAAAACUAACUUUGACUGCGAAUGUUGUCUUUUUAUCGCCUGAUAGUGUUUCUUUCUUAGUCGCAUCUUUUACUUCCGAGUCUUGUUCUUUUCUCUGAAUUGCAAGCCUGUGCAUACUGCGAGCGAGACGGAGAGCCGGACGGUUUUCCUGAGGAAUGGCUUAUGACGGUGCUGGAGGCGGCAGCAUCUUGCUCUCAGCCAGUGGUCAUUCUAUGGACUUUUGACCAAGCACACGCGGUCAGCGAUUUGACCAGUCGAUCCAGCGACUUCGUGUUUAGACUACUGUUGCCUUUGCUAAACAAUCUUAAACUUUUUUCGCUGUUAGAGUCGUCGCACAGCGUGACGGUAUUUCUGGAAAAGGUCCGCCACUUAAUGCAGAAGUGCUACGACUCGUUGAAAAGUAAGUUUCUGUGA